AUGAAAAGUCACUGCUUGUUUUCCCCGCUGCAGAUCUCGGUACGGCACUGCCUGGCCUAGCUAGCAGGAAAGGAGGGGGAGCAUUUUCUGUCGGCCUAAAAAAAAAAAAAUCCAGGAAGGAAGGAAGAAGAGAGGACAACGAGCGAGGACGCAAAUAUCGAGAGAGAGGAGGGGAGGGGGUGUCCAAAAAGGAAACUCUACCCCUUUAAGAGCAAGUGGGACAUAGCGGUGCGAGAAAAAGGAGAGGAGGGGGAGAAGAAAGAGGAAUUAAAAAAGAAAAGGAAGAAAGAGACAGGGAGGGAGGAGGGAGAGCGGGCGAUAAAAAAAGAAAGAUGACAUCCUCACAGCUGAACGGCCGAGGUGGAGCGGUAGGCUGCGGCCCGGCGAGAGCGCCGCUCGCCUGGGUCAGGGCUUGAAUCCGACAGCGAGGCGUCGACAAAACACCCGAACGGCCUACCGGGAGGGUUCGGAAACCGAAAAAAAAAAACAGACUGAUUAAAAUCGGAAAAAGCAAAGCAUGACACGCUUUUCUUAAUGAAUAUUAUAAUUAAUAUUUGUUUGUCUUGCGUUGAAAAAAAAGCAUUUAUUGGACCGUUUUUCGCGUAAUGCUAAAGAGUAAAACUGCACGGUUCGGUUAUUUUUAGUUGUUUAUAAAGGACACCAGAGGGGCUAAUUCUGCUGGUUUAGCGGGAUUUGUUUGUGUUAUUGUUGGGAAUCAUUGAAGUUAAAGGCCCAGGCGGAUGAGACAGCAGGCCGUUAUUGGACUGGGCCUGCGUUAGUCCCAGCAGCGCCGUGCAUUUUAGCUCCCAGCUCUACCUCAAUUAGAAAAGCAGACUUUAACACACAGCUUUGUUCGCCUUUUACUACACAACCCGGGAGCCCAUCGUUCCUACUGCGGCUCGGGCCUCCGUCCGCGCCCCGAUCACCACCGGAGGGCCGAUUCGAGCCAUGCAAAGGCUGCUCCCCACGACCUCAAUCAGAAGCUGACUUCAUAAUCUCCACCGCUGUCUGUGGCGCAGAAUGGACGCUGCUUGGAGCAAUUUUCUCUUCCAGAGUACUCCCACCCAAAACCAAGUGGAGGGGAGCCUCCAAUCAGAGCUCAUGCAAGUGCAUACGAGUUCUCCCCAGACCCCACCCACAGAGCACAUAGCACAGCCUCCUUCAACUGUGGACACCACUGCUUUGAGUGAGGAACCCCUGCCUGAGCCGGUGAAGCCAGCGCCUCGGCCGACCCGUGUGCAACACAUCUGUGCCAUCUGCAACAAGCAGUUCAAGAACAACUACAACCUGCGGCGGCACCAGUCGGUCCACACUGGGGUACGCAUGAAGGACAGGGCCAGAGUGCAGGCGGAGGGAGCGAAGGAGGGAGCCGCUGGCCAGGUGGUGGUAGCAGCGGCGACCCCGCCGGCGAUGGUGGUGGGGGUUGGAGGGAGGACGGAGAGGCCCACCGUUCCCCUCUCCCUGCUGCACCUCUCCGUGUCUCCCUCUCUCGCCCCUCCCGGCCUGCUGGCGGGCGCUCAGCAGCCUCCCCUGGGCAGUCAGGAUGGUGAAGGGGUUGCCAUGCCAAACGUCAUGGCUACUGUUAACCCUCAUGCUCCGCCUCCUGCUGCUGUCGUCAUGGCCACAGGGGCGACAGUACAGAGGCCCUCAAAUCCCAACCCGAACCCCGUCAAGAAGAACCACGCCUGCGACACCUGCGGUAAGGCCUUCCGGGACGUCUAUCACCUAAACCGUCACCGCCUCUCCCACUCGGACGAGAAGCCCUUCUCCUGCCCUAUCUGCCAGCAGCGCUUCAAAAGGAAGGACCGCAUGAGCCACCACGUGCGCUCGCACCAGGGUGGGGUGGAGAAGCCCUACAUCUGCCCUCACUGCGGAAAGGCAUUUUCCAGGCCUGACCAUCUCAACAGUCACGUCAGACAGGUACACUCCUCAGAAAGACCAUUCAAAUGUCCGACUUGUGAGUCCUGUUUCGCCACCAAGGAUCGCCUGCGAGCUCACAUGAUUCGCCACGAGGAGAAGGUGCCCUGCCACAUCUGCGGGAAGCUCCUGUCUGCUGCCUACAUCACCGAUCACAUGAGGGUGCACAACCAGUCACAGCACCACGUCUGCCACCUCUGUAACCGAAGCUUCACCACGCUGACGUACCUCCGCGUCCACGCCCAGAAGCAUCACGGCCAGGAGUGGAAAGAGAGCCCCGGCGGCUUCGGCGGCACAGCUGCAGGCGGCGUUCUCGUCUGCCACCUCUGCGGCGUCCAGUGUAAGACGCCCACCCAGCUCCAGGGCCACAUGGGCACCCACAGCACCAGCCAGGCCGCGCCGAACCCCGUCACCUCCAACGUGGUCGCCAGCAGCUCCGUCUCCCUCAGCAACAUGGUGACAGCUGCUCCUACCGUGUACGUCACCGGGAAUACGGUGGUGGACCUGCUGGUGACGGACUGCUCUAGCAUCGCGGCGCCGCAGUCCCACAGUUAGCAGGAUGAUCUGAUGGAUGGAUCUGCGAGUCUGAGGCAGUUGCUUGGAGAUCCUGAUUCGGUUUCUUUCUUCUUUAAAAUGGCACUUAGGGGUUAGAGUUAAAACCUCGGAGGGAGAAAAACUGUUUAGGAAAAUGUUUUUGCAGCUGAGCUGGAGCUUUGAGACGUGAUGAAAAAGAGGCUCUAGCAGGUUCACCACGCUAAUGGCAAACAUGGAUGUGCUGUCCAAAUAUUUCAGAAUGAAGACUCUAGUCAAAGUGUGGUCAUCCCUCCUCUCUCCCCUCUCUCUGUCUGACCUUCCCCACCUUUUUUUUUUUUUUUGUGGCAUUGGCUGCCCUCUACAACUGCACCAAGUACUGUAAAUCUCACACCAGCUCUGAUCUUACCUCCAUUUUAGCAACUCGCGUACCGAGAAUACUAAAAAAAUCCAAACGGUUUGUGUCGACGUUUCAGGGGGAGGAAACGAGAAAAUUAGAAGGAAAGUGGCGCGUUUGCGUGUGUGUGUAAGUUUGAGCUCCUCUUGCAUGUUUGUUUAAUUUCACAAGAUGGAGAUGAAAAUUAGAUUUUAAUGCUAGCUAAAUAUCUUUUUACUGUGGAGUUGAUCAGGAAAUGAAAUCCACCUGUUGGGGAUGUUUGUGCUCAUUGUUUCUUAAAGGUACCGAAAUAAAGAAGAGUUGUUAUUCAGGAGCAUCAAGCACCUUAAAGCUGUCGUCGUCAGACUCGGUAAGGACGGAGGUUUAAGUGUUCUCGGAUUAUUUUGCUCUGAGUCUUCCUCUCUGGGUCCGGCCUUUACAUUUAAAAAAACAACAAAAAAAUACAAAACAACAAAAAAAAAAACUGCUAAUCAGCACUUCAGCUUCUGAACUACCUUUUUGCAUGAAAACGAAAUAAACCAAGCAAGCUCGGCCAUGUUUAUUGUUAGAGAACUGUUAUGACAAGGAUAAAAAUUAGCAGUUCCACUAAGUUAGUUAGCUGUAGAUGAUGCUAUUUAUGAAAAAGUUGAUUUUACUCUGGAUUUUUUCACAUAGAUUGCCAUUCAUUUGAUUGCAGCUGUCAUCGCCAUAGUCAUUCACUUUAUUUUUCAUUUUCUCUGUGUUCCAGUCCUAUGGGUGAACCUUUUUUUUUUUAUAUAGAUUUAGUCUUUUAACUCUGCAUAGAUCUCGUUUUUUGAGUCAGUGGUGUAAUGAACAAGCGGUUGUCUGUUGUGAGUGACCCGUGGUGUAGAAAGGGCAUAAAAAAGUCACUUUAAGUCAACAAAAAAAGACAAUAAGUCGGUGAUGAGUGCAGUUUCAGUUUUGUGUUCAUUUCUUACCUUAAAAUCUGUAGAGUUGUUUUUUUUUUGUCUGUUUCUUCCUUUGGAAAUGUGUUCCCUCUGUUGAGAAACAUAGUGAUUUAUUGCAAAUGAAUUUUAGUUUUGUUUUUUUCAUGACACUAAAAAAAAAAUAAUGAUGAUACCUCUACUCUAGGCUUCUGUACAGCUCUUGUGAUACAUCUUCAAUGCCUUAUCGUACUCAACUGCAUUUUAAUUCUUUUAUGACAAAAUAUUUCAAAUCUUAGUCAUGGAUUCAUUAAGAAUAUUAAGGGGAUGUAUUUAUAUUUAUAUUUUUAUAUUUCUCAACAGUAUGCAUGUCUAAAAAAAUGUUAGAGCAAAAAAAAAAAUCAAUGCUUACUACAGUAAUUUCUUUUUUUUUUUGUAGAUCGAGUAGAUAUCAUGUUAUUUUAUAAUUUGGACAGUUUAAAGUAAAAAUAUUAAACAAGAA